UAUUUAUUUAUUUAUUAGAGAAAUGUGAGAAACACAAGUGUUUGCGAAUCUUCUUCAAGUUCCAAACCAAACCAAUCUCAUCUUCUAUUCGUUCCAUCUCAAUAAAAAAAUUCAAUCAAACCCUAACCCUAAAUCAAAUCCCCAAAUUCUAAUCAUCCUCAAAAUUCAAUUCAAUCUCACCAAUUCAAUCGUUGCGAAAUCGAAGAACGAUGCUUCAAUCUCCAGGCCACUCUCCUCUCCAUCUCUCUUCACCAUCUCCUUCAAUUUCCGAAUUUUCAGUACAAAACACUAACAAUUCUGGUUCAAGUAUUCAACACCAGAAGAAUCAACGCCACCCAACGGUUCUUGAUGAAGACACAUAUGCUGAAGCCUUGGAGAAGAUUAUCGAGCGUGAUUACUUUCCCGAUAUCUCAAAGCUUCGUGAUCGACUCGAUUGGCUUGAAGCAAUCAAAACCGGUGAUCCUGUUCAAAUUCGUGAUGCUCAGUUGAAGAUUAUCGAGCGUCGUCGCGGAGGAAAGGUAACUGCUUCGAAUCCUCUUGAUUCUAGAAUUUCGAAUACACCGGGUUCCACUUUUGUUAGAAAUUUUACUCCUUUAGAUGAAUUUGAUGGUAAAACACCUGUAGUGACGGGUUUAGGUUUAUCUGAGGGAGAGAGAGAAGAGGUUGGUGGAGUUGAUACUUCACUUGGGCUUGAUCAGUUUCUAGGUAGGUAUACUAGUGAGGAUAAUCAAAGUUUUUCGAAGAUUUUGGAGAGAGUGAAUAGGAAGAGGAAAGAGAGGUUUGGUUAUUUGAAUGAUAGUGCGAAUGCGAAUUCGAAUGCUAUUGAGGAUGAAAAGAGGGAUAGAAUAACUGAUGGUUAUGGUACAUCUUAUCAACCUCCUAGUACAUUGGAAGGAUGGAAUUAUACUGCGAAGAAUUUGUUGAUGUAUCAUCCGGCUGAUAGGGGCGAGGUUCCGUUGACUGAGGAGGAACGGGCUGUUAGAAUUAAGGCUUCCACGAAGGAAAUUGAUCGUCCAAAUACUAGGUUUCAUGGUAAAAUGAUGGAUUCUAGGCCGAAAGAUGAUGGAACGGUUGAGGUGCUUUAUACUCCUGUUGCUGGUGCUACUCCUGUUCCUAUGUCUUUUAGAGAUGCGGAAAAGUUGAAGAAAUAUGAUUUGGAGGAUUUGAGAAAGACUCCUAAUCCGUUUUAUUUGGAAUCUGGGAAGAAAGCUGAGAAUGGUUAUAGCUAUGUUAAGACACCGUCUCCUGCGCCGGGAGUUGAUGAUUCACCGUUUAUUACUUGGGGAGAAAUUGAAGGGACACCGCUGAGGUUGGAUAUGGAGGAUACACCGAUUGAUAUUGGUGGGAGUGCUGAUGGACCUCAUUAUAGGAUUCCUUCUGCUCCGGCAAGAGAUGCAAAGGCACACUCACUUUCCAGGGAGGCUGCGAGAAAUCUGAGGGAGAGGUCGAAGAUGUUUCGUAAACCCCCGUUGGCAUCACCAGCUAGAGGUGGAAGUGCUAGUCCGAGUAUGCGGACACUUUCUCCUGCUGCUCAGAAGUUUGUCCGGAAUGCAAUUGCCAAGUCAUCAUCAACUGUUGACGAGACACUCCGUGCAAGUUACCGUGGUUCUACUCCUGCGUUGGCUACUCCUACAAGAGUUAGAAGUGUAUCGAGGCUUGGUAGAGAUGAGAGCACGGUUUCCAGGUCUCCAUCUAUUAGAGAGGGCUCCAAUCCUCCCUGGUGAAUUAUUGUAACACACUGUCUUUUGAAACAUUUAUAAAAUGAAUGUGCUGUACUUCUUUUUUUAUCCUGGAUAUCAUCUCAAAAUCUCAUCAAACAUAUAAAUUUGAAAAAAGAGAAAUGUAUAAGAACAUAAAAUUUACCUUUUGAAGUUUGUAAUCUCAGCUCAGAAUGUUAAUCUUUUUAGUUUUAGUCAUUGGCUGUAUGCAAAAUCUUGUUGGUAAAAGCUCUCCAAUCAAUCCCUGUAUAUUGAAGGCAUCACUGAAUAUUAGAUUGACUAUGAAGUUAUUAUUUGAUUGA